AUGGAGGGACUAACAAGCGCCAUCGCGGUGGUCGAGCUUACGGCGAAGAUUGUUUCUCUCUGCGCCGAGUACUCUUCUGCUGUCAAGAAUGCUAGCCACGACAUCCAGCGCCUUCGAGAGCGUAUCAGCAGCCUGGGGACAACGCUGAAGGAUGUAUUGGAACUUCUCCAAGGCUCCCACGGGGCCCGACUUAGGACGUCGCAGAAACUACACGAUGCUCUUAACAAUUCCCGCUUGCUCCUAGACUCGAUUGCUACAACGCUCGAGAGCAAGUUAAAUGGGAGUCGUAAGCAGAAAAAAAUGAGAGCUUUUGGGCUGCGGUCCCUCAAAUGGCCCUUCGAAAGCAAGAAACUGGAGAACACUAUCGCAGCCCUGGAACAGCACCAGAAUACCAUGGCAGUCGCCAUGCAAAUUGAUCAAACAGCCGAAGUCCUCACUAUCAACCACAAAAUUGACUUGUCCAAACUUCCAAUCGCAAAAGGCGCCGCUUACAACUCUCAAGCCAACGAGUAUGAUCCUCGUUGCCAUCCUAGAACUCGGCUCAAUGUCCUCGCUGGAAUCUAUAACUGGUUCGAAGACCCGCGCGGAAAGUGCAUAUACUGGCUAUGCGGUAUGGCUGGCACUGGCAAGUCAACAAUUUCUCGCACAGUAGCAGAAUAUCUUACAGAAAAGAAGAUCCCUUGUGCAAGUUUCUUCUUCAAGAAGGGCGAAGGCGACCGUGGCGGAGCUGCCUUGUUUUUCACUACGAUUGCAGCUCAGCUUGUUCAACAAUUACCAUGUAUAAUCCCUCACGUGAGGGCUGCAAUCGAGGCGGACAUGAAUAUCUCUGAUAAGACCAAGAGUGAACAGUUUGAGAAACUUAUCCUAGAGCCGCUUGACAAGUGUGAGGGCCAACAAUCCACUGUAGUAUCUAUAGUGAUUGAUGCCCUUGAUGAGUGCGAUCUGGAAGAAGACGUCAGACUUAUGGUCCUUUUGCUCGCUAGAGCUAUGGAGGUGACAUCCGUUCGCCUGCGUUUCUUCAUUACCAGCCGACCCGAACUCCCAAUACGUCUCGGCUUUAAAAGCAUCGGCAACUCCUAUAAGGAACUGGCACUUCACGAAAUUCCUAAGCCUGAUAUUAAAAACGACAUUGCCAUAUACUUAGAAGAUGAGUUGAAGGCUAUUGUGCAGCGCUAUAACAUGUCGGUUGAAACAAGACGGCAACUACCAAAGCAAUGGCCCGGUAGCAAAAACACCGAGAGACUUGUUGACAUGGCCAUUCCUCUGUUUAUCUAUGCUGCGACUGCUUGUCGAUUUAUCAGCGAUCGCAGGCUUGGUGGGCCAAAGGAGCAACUGGAAAUAUUUCUCAACUCCCAUCGAAACCCAAAAUCUAAUCUUGAUGCGACAUAUCUACCUGUCCUAGAGCAACUGAUAAGAGAUCUCAAAGGUGGCGAAAAGAGAGCUGUUAUAACUAAAUUUCAAGAGAUUGUCGGUACUAUCGUGCUUCUCGCUAGCCCACUCUCAAUAACUUCUCUUGCGAAUCUUUUGGCAGUUGAUACCGAGAAGAUCGAUAAUCAACUGGACAUGCUUCACUCGGUUUUAAAUAUACCUUUGAGCCCGGAUGAGCCGAUACGACUCUUCCACCUCUCUUUCCGAGACUUUCUCAUCGACAAGGAAAAUUUCGAUAUAAAUCCUUUCUCGGUGGAUGAGCAGAAAACCCAUAAAAUGGUCAUGGUUUGCUGUCUUAAGCUGCUAUCUAGAGACAAUCUUCGAAAAGAUAUUUGUGACCUACGGAGACCAGCAGCACUUCGGUUAGAAAUUGAACAAGAGAAAGUCAAUGCUCGCCUUCCACCGGAGAUGCAAUACGCGUGCCUCUAUUGGGUCCACCAUCUAAAGGAGAGCGGAGGAACAGUCCGUGAUCAUGAUCAGGUCUAUGACUUUUUGAUCCGCCAUUUAUUACACUGGAUCGAGGCCCUGAGUCUUAUUGGUCGUAUCUCAGAGAGCGUUGGUAUGUUGGACAGCCUACUAGGCAUGAUUGAUGUAAGUGGAAGCUGUACCAUGUCAGCCAUUAUCCGCGAUAUUAAGCGAAUUGUCCUUAUCAAUCGCUGGUCUAUUGAUGAGGCGCCUCUCCAAAUCUACUCUUCAGCUAUUUUAUUCGCACCAGAGCAGAGUGUGAUUCGGAACAUGUUUAGAGAUCAGAUCCCUCCUUGGAUUUCCCCGCUACCCCAAGUUGAAAGUAACUGGGAUGCCUGCUUAGCAACACUUGAAGGCCACAGCGGCAGGACAAGAGCAGUCAGCUUCUCUCCAGACGGCCGGCAGCUGGCGUCAGCGUCAGACGAUGAUACAGUUAAGCUCUGGGAUACAGCAACUGGUCGCUGCACGGCGACGCUUGUGAGUGACGGCAUAACCGCAGUCUGCUUUUCACCAGAUAGUCGGCGGCUAGCUUCAACGUCAUCGAAACAAAUUAAGCUCUGGAACUCAAUCACAGGCAGUUGCAUAAUAACGCUUGAUGGCCAUGACCACAUGGUAACAGACAUCAGCUUUGCUCCAGAUGGCCGACGGCUGGCUUCAGCAUCCCAUGAUCUUACCGUUAAGCUCUGGGAUACAGAAACAGGCGAUUGUAUAACAACAUUCGACGGGCAUUAUAAUAGCUUGUUAGAAGGAGUCAGCUUUGCGCCAGAUAAUCGGCGCUUAGCAUCAGUGUCAAACGGGCAGCGCUUCGAUGGUCCUUAUGUGGUAUCAUACGACCACAAAAUCAAGCUCUACGAUACCGUUAUGGGCAGUUGUAUAAUAACAUUUACUGGCCAUGAUGACCGAGUUAAUACAGUUCGCUUCACGCCAGACAGCCGAUGGCUAGCUUCAGCAUCGAAUGAUUCUACAAUUAAGCUCUGGGAUACAGCAAUAGGCAGCUGUAUAGCAACACUUGCUGGCCAUGACGAGGGUAUAAAUGCAAUCUGCUUUACGCCAGACAGCCGGUGGCUAGCUUCAGCAUCGAUGGAUAUGACAGUUAAGCUCUGGGAUAUAGAAACAAGUCUCUGCACCGCAACAUUUAAAGGCCAUAGCCAAUCGGUUGCAGCAGUUAGCUUCGCGCCAGAUAACUGGCAGUUGGCUUCAGCAUCACAUGAUUCUACAAUUAAGCUCUGGGAUACUACAAUAAGUCGCAGUCCGUCAACAACUGAUAUCCACAGUCAGAAAGUAACAGCCAUUUGUUACACCCCAGAUGGUCGGCAGCUAGCUUCAGCGUCAGACGAUCAUACAGUUAAGCUCUGGGAUACAGCAACUGGCCGUUGCAUAGCAACGUUUAAAGGCCAUAGCCGACCAGUUACAGCAGUUACCUUCGCACCAGAUGGCCAUCAGCUAGCCUCAGCAUCCGAAUAUGAUAAGACAGUUAAGCUCUGGGAUGUAACAACAGGCCAAUGUGUGGCAACACUUAAAAAUGAUGCUUACAUAUUAUCAAUCACUUUUGCACCAAAUAGCCAGCAGCUAGCAUUAGUGUCGGGUGCUGUCUAUACUCGGGAAUUUCAUGGGAGUAUAACUAAGCUCUGGGAUAUAACAACAGGCCGCUGCACAGCAGAGCUUAAAUGCAAUGGUAAAUAUAUAUUAUCAAUUGCCUUUUCACCAAAUAGCCAAGAGCUAGUAUCAACAUUAUCAGACCAUACAAUCAAGCUUUGGGAUUUCUCCACUGGCAACUGCACAGCAACACUUCCCAGUGAAGAGCUGGUAUAUGGAAUAAGCGCGAUCACCGUCUCACCAAAUGGCCAAUUGCUAGCUGCAGCAUAUGGGGAUUACACAGUUAAAAUCUGGGAUAUGACGACACAUGAUUGUAUCAUAAAACUCGAGGGCCAUAGUUUUUGGGCAAGUGCAAUGACCUUUGCACCAAAUGGCCAGCUAGUAUCAGCAUCGGGUGACGAUACAAUUAAAUUCUGGGAUAUAGCAACAGGCAUCUGCACGGCAACGCUUGAGGGUUAUGGCAGCUGGGUAGGCGCAAUCAACUUCGCAAAGGACGGCAAGAUUUAUCCAUCGCCACAGUCGCCAAUGCGAAAGCCUCCUGCCCAGGGACUCUCUUCUGUAUCACCAAUCGUCCACCGUCAGGAUAUUGGAGUCUACAAUUAUACAUGGGUUACUUGGGAUUCACAGAGGAUCUUAUGGCUACCACCAGCUUAUCGGCCGAGAAUAUCAGCUGUAAGAGCAUCAACACUUGCCAUUGGGUGCGACUCCGGACGCGUUGUCUUCAUACGUUUCUCAGAUAUGGAUAAACUAUUUAAGGUUCAGAGAUAA